AAUAAAAAGAAUCAACUUGGAAAAAUGCCAGACCAGUAUGGAUGAAUUGCUUAAAGAAAUCCAAGCCAUGAGUCAAUGCAACCAUCCCAAUGUAGUUACGUAUUAUACAUCUUUUGUGGUCAAGGAUGAGCUUUGGUUGGUUAUGAAACUACUAAGUGGAGGCUCAAUGCUGGAUAUAAUAAAAUAUGUAGUGAGCAGAGGAGAGCACAAGAGUGGUGUGCUUGAGGAAUCAAUAAUAGCCACAAUUCUGAAAGAAGUUUUGGAAGGCUUAGACUAUCUACACAGAAACGGACAAAUCCACAGGGAUUUAAAAGCUGGUAAUAUUCUUCUGGGUGAGGAUGGCUCUGUACAGAUAGCAGACUUUGGAGUUAGUGCAUUUUUAGCCACAGGAGGUGAUGUAACCCGUAACAAAGUAAGAAAGACGUUUGUUGGCACUCCGUGUUGGAUGGCUCCUGAAGUCAUGGAACAGGUGAGAGGCUAUGACUUCAAGGCUGACAUCUGGAGCUUUGGAAUAACAGCCAUUGAAUUAGCCACAGGAGCAGCGCCUUACCACAAAUACCCUCCAAUGAAAGUAUUAAUGUUGACCUUGCAGAACGAUCCUCCGACAGUGGAAACAGGAGUAGAAGACAAAGAAAUGACCAAGAAAUAUGGCAAGUCCUUUAGAAAACUAAUUUCGUUGUGUCUUCAAAAAGACCCUUCUAAAAGGCCUACCGCAGCAGAACUUUUAAAAUGUAAAUUCUUCCAAAAAGCAAAGACCAGAGAAUACUUGAUUGAAAAACUACUUACAAAAACACCUGAUAUAGGACAGAGGGCAAAAAAGGUUAGAAGAGUACCGGGUUCUAGUGGCCAUCUCCACAAGACAGAAGAUGGGGACUGGGAAUGGAGUGAUGAUGAAAUGGAUGAGAAGAGCGAAGAAGGCAAGGCUGCUUUUUCCCAGGAGAAGUCACGAAGAGUAAAAGAAGAAGAUGCAGAGAUUUCCAUGUAUUCCAGCAAUAUCCCUGACCAAAUACAGAACCUGUCAAUAAAAGGUUCUCAGGCACGAUCUGCUAUUACAAAUGAAUAUAGCUCUGUUCCAUGUGCUGUGAAUCUUGUUUUACGACUAAGGAAUUCCAGAAAGGAACUUAAUGACAUACGAUUUGAGUUUACUCCAGGCAGAGAUACGGCAGAUGGUGUAUCUCAAGAGCUGUUCUCUGCAGGCUUGGUUGAUGGCCAUGAUGUAGUUAUAGAUGCUGAGAAGUAAGCUAGAACCUUCAGCAGGCAAAGCAAUUGAGUCAGAUGGGUCCCUCACACACACACACACUUAAGCUUUAUUGUUGUCCUGAAAAGUGAAAGUCUUGUG